AUGUUGGAGAUAUACUCUGUCUUUGGUGAGUGGAAAAUUAAUGACAAGCUUAAUUGGAGAUUCUUCGUUGAUACAAACAAAGGUGGAUGUCUUUGUGAAGUUUCUGAGAAUAUCACAUACAAGGAUUUAAUGAAGAUUGUUUUUGAUGAUUUCGGACUUGAUGGUCUAGUUGAAGAGAUUUCACUCAGCUAUGAACUUCCAAAGAUGAAAUUAAUUGUAGAAGAUUCUCCUCCUAUCUUCAUUCGCAAUGACCGCCAAGUCUGCACUUUUAUCAGGAAGAUACAAGAAAAUCCUGAGAUAGGACGUUUGUGUGUAUCGAUUGUUUUUGAAGAUUUCGGACUUGAUGGUCUAGUUAAAGAGAUUUCACUCAGCUAUGAACUUCCAAAGAUGAAAUUAAUUGUAGAAGAUUCUCCUCCUAUCUUCAUUCGCAAUGACCGCCAAGUCUGCACUUUUAUCAGGAAGAUACAAGAAAAUCCUGAGAUAGGACGUUUGUGUGUAUCGGAAUUUGAUCAAUCAUUUGGUAGUGAUAUCUCAGUUUCUAAGCCACUUGGUGAUACAUGUUCAACCGCUGAAAAAGCAAAGAACAAUAAUUCAUUUGCCUUGCCUGCUGAUCGAGAUCCUAUUAUGAUCUCUCCAGGAAGUUCACAUAUGACUGCACAUGAAACACACAAGGAACUUAAUCGGUCUAUUGGAAGUGAUGUUUCUACGACACAUAAUGAUAUAGAAAUCUCAACAGCUGAAAAAGGAAUAGGAUCUUUUUUAGAGAAUUUGGUUCCUGCUCCAGAUCUCUCUCCUAUAUCUAUGGUAGGUUCACAUUCAACUCGAGGGGCUGAUGAUAUAUAUGUGGACAGAUAUUUCAAGAACAAGGAAGAGUUGAUGUUCAAGAUGAGAAACUGGGCACUUGAAUGGAGGUUUGAGUUCAGAGUUCGAUGGUCAAACAAAACGAGAGUUAUUUUGGGAUGUGUUGAUGAUAAAUGUAGUUGGCAAUUGCGUGCGACUAGGCUAAAAUCAUCUGAAUUCUUUGUGGUGAAGAAGUAUUGUCAUGAACACAAUUGUGACACAACCCACAGGAAUGCCAACCAUAGACAAGCAACUGCAAAGUUGCUUGGGAGUUUUUACUGCAACAACUAUGGAGAAAAGAAAUUUGGUCUCAAACCAAAACAGAUUAUGGAAUUGGCCAGAAAAGAUCAUGGAGUAUACAUACCAUACAAAAAAGCCUGGAGAGCAAAAGAGGAAGGUCAGAAUUUGGUUAGAGGCACUGCUGAGGACAGUUAUUUACAUCUAGCGAAAUGGUUGUACAUGGCAAGGGAAAAAAAUCCAGGAACAGUUGCUUAUCUUGAGUUGGAUCCUAUGAAGAAUUUCAAAUACGUAUUCAUCUCAUUUGGCCAGUCGAUUAGAGGUUUUUCUUUAAUGAGAAGAGUGAUUGCUGUUGAUGGUACAUUCCUAAAAGGAAAGUAUAAGGGAACUUUGCUAGCAGCUACUGCACAAGAUGGAGAUUAUCACUUAUACCCGAUAGCAUUUGCCAUUGUUGAUUCAGAAAAUGAUAUUGCAUGGAAUUGGUUCUUCAGGUGUUUGCUCACUAUCAUCCCUGAUGCACCAGAUUUGGUAUUUGUUUCUGACCGUGCUUCAUCCAUUGAAAAAGCAAUCUCAGAAUUGUAUCCAGCAUCCCAUCAAGGCAUUUGCAAUUUUCAUCUCAAAAAUAACAUCAAAGUAAAGUUCAAGAGUAAAAGCUUCUUGCCUCUUAUCGAAUCAGCAGCUAAUGCUUUUACGUUUCAUGAGUUUGAAGGUGCUUUUAGGGAUAUACGGAAUUCUAAUCCAAAACUGGCCAAGUAUUUAGAAGAAGCUGAUUUCAGGAAGUGGGCUCGUUGUUAUGCACCAUCUACCGCUACAAUAUUAUGA